CAGGCCCGAACUGGCUGCCUCUUCGGGGCCGUGGCCAAUCCGGAGAGCGCCCCCCCGCGCGGGAGAGCUCUGGGCAGCCGCCCGCCGCCGGGCGGAGCCGCGGGCAGAGCGGGGAACUGGCGGAGGGGACAGCCCCAUCGCCUGCCGCCGCCCGCCACCCGCCACCCGCCGGGGACGCUCCUGCCUCGCCAUGCCGCCGUGGGGCGCCGCCCUCGCCCUGCUCCUGGCCGCGAUCGCCCUGCUCGGCCUGCUGGCCCCCAGGCUGCGGCGCCUCGGGAGGCGCGCCGUCGGAGUCAGGACCCUGCCGGGGGCCGGGGGCCCGGACGACGAGGAGGAGGCGGACGGCGGAGGCCCGGCGGACCAGUUCGGCCACGGGCGCGAGCCGCUGCCCGGCGGGUGCAGGCUCAUCUGUAAGCCGUCGGCGCUGGCGCAGUGCCUGCUGCGCGCCUUGCGACGCUCGGCGGCGCUGGAGCCGGGCCCGCGCUCCUGGCUCUCGGGGCCCCACCUGCAGACCCUCCGCCACUUCGUGCUGCCGGCGGGCCCGGGGCCGGAGCUGGCCCGGGAGUACCUGCAGUUGGCCGACAACGGGCUGGUGGCCCUGGACUGGGUCGUGGGACCUUGCGCCCGGGGCCGUCGAGUCACCAACGCCGGGGGCCUGCCGGCGGUGCUGCUGGUGAUCCCCAAUGCGUGGGGGCGCCUCACCCGCAACGUGCUCGGCCUCUGCAUGCUCGCCCUGGAGCGCGGCUACUACCCUGUCAUCUUCCACCGCCGCGGCCACCACGGCUGCCCGCUGGUCAGCCCCCGGCUGCAGCCCUUCGGGGACCCUUCCGACCUCAAGGAGGCGGUCACUUACAUCCGCUUCCGACACCCCGCGGCCCCGCUGUUCGCGGUGAGCGAGGGCUCCGGGUCGGCGCUGCUGCUGUCCUACCUGGGCGAGUGUGGCUCCUCCAGCUACAUGACGGGGGCUGCCUGCAUCUCGCCGGUGCUGCGCUGCCGCGAGUGGUUCGAGGCCGGCCUGCCCUGGCCCUACGAGCGGGGCUUCCUGCUCCACCAGAAAAUCGCCCUCAGCAGGUACACCACGGCCCUGGAAGACACAGUGGACACCCACAAACUGUUCAGGAGCCGCUCCCUGCGAGAGUUUGAGGAGACCCUCUUCUGCCACACCAAGAGUUUCCCCAUCAGUUGGGACGCCUACUGGGACCACAACGACCCCCUCCGGGACGUGGACGAGGCAGCCGUACCUGUGCUGUGUAUCUGCAGCGCGGAUGACCCCGUGUGCGGGCCCCCAGACCACUUUCUGCCCACUGAACUCUUUCACAGCAACCCCUACUUCUUCCUCCUGCUCAGUCGCCAGGGCGGCCACUGUGGGUUCCUGCGCCAGGAGUCUCUGCCAGCGUGGAGCCACGAGGUUAUCUUGGAGUACUUCCGGGCCUUGACUGACUUCUUCCGAACAGAGGAGAGGAUAAAAGGGCUGAGCAAGCACCGCGGCUCAUUACUAGGGGGCCGGCGUCGCUGGGGAACCCUGCAGAAGCGAGAGGUCUCUCCCUCUUCCAGCCUGGAUGAGAUCUUUAGCUGGAAGCGAUCAUAUACCAGGUGAAACCCAGUCGGAGAACACCCUGUCCUGCACGGGGAACAGAGGGCUGAGUGGGGCAAGCAGCUGUAGCUCUUUGCCGCUGAUUCAGUCCUUUCUUCUUUUCUGGUCUGUGGAGAGAUGGAGCUCCCAGCUAGCUGCUACUUACUUGACCCUGAGCAGAACUCCUGCCCAGGCUCUGCUGCACACAUUCCUGCUCAUCCUGGUCAGCAGCUGGGUAUUUCUGGUCAUUGUCUCCUGUCACCGACCACGUAAGCCAAACACUAGCACCGUUUAAACCCACGGACUCAGGAUAAAAUGCUCUCUCGCCAGCAAUGACUACAAGAAGACGAGUUUCUGUGUCAUUGGGCAGCUCUGCCCCACAUAAAUAAUCAGCUCUGUGACCCUGAUGCUCAAGCUGAAGCCACUUCUGUAGUGAGGACAGGAAGUUUGCGUCUCGGUCCCACUUCCCUCAUUUCAUUCUGCGGAUGUGGCACCCUGCUGACUUCAUGCACAUCAUGGAUGUGGCCUCGAAGAGCCGCGUGGCUGCGUCUGCCUUGAGUGAGUGUGAGAAAGGCAGCAGCGGCCCUCAGUGCAGUGCUGAGCUGGGGUCAGUAAGAGCCACAAGGUAGAGACGGCGAAUGCCUGUCUGGAAUACUAAGGCCCGUCUUCUGCAAGUUUCCAUUGGGAACAGAGCUGAUCUGAGGCUUCAGCCUAGGACCUCAAGCCUCACUGGACAGAUCCCAAGGAUGAUUUUAGGAACAGGAAGUCCUCGAACACCGUCUACUAGACCAUGGCUCAAGAAGCCAGACUCUCGGGCACUUUAGCUGCUCCCUCUGGUACCAUUUCUGGGGAUUAUUACUCCAGAGAGCUCUGGCCAGAGCUGCUUUUCUCUUGGGACGUGGGCUUUCUCUAAGUGGUGAAAAGUAUAAACCUCG